GCUUCCGUAUUGUCUACUGAGUGUACAAAGAUGGCGGCCCCCAGAGGCGGAAACGUGGACAGCGGAGCUCGGAGCCGGGAGGCUGGGGAUGGGGGAUGGUUUGUGACGCUAGCUCUAGGAGUGUCCCUGCUAAAGUGUCUCCUCAUACCGACCUAUCAUUCUACAGAUUUUGAGGUCCACAGAAACUGGCUGGCGAUCACCCACAGUUUGCCCAUAUCUCGGUGGUACUAUGAGGCAAUUUCUGAAUGGACUCUGGAUUACCCCCCGUUUUUCGCGUGGUUUGAGUACUCUCUGUCCCAUGUGGCUCGCUUUUUUGACCCAGGAAUGCUGAAAGUGGAGAACCUGAACUAUGGCAGCCAGAAUACCAUCCUCUUCCAGAGGUUCUCAGUCAUCUUCACUGAUGUCCUCUUCUUCUAUGCAGCCAAACAGUGCUGCCAGUGCAUUAAUGGUAAAAAAGAUCGGAGAGAUUUGCUUGAGAGACCGUCGUUCAUCCUCGCUGUCCUUCUCCUCUGGAACUUUGGGCUACUCAUAGUAGAUCAUAUUCACUUCCAGUAUAAUGGAUUCCUGUCCGGGAUCAUGCUACUGUCUAUUGCUCGCAUGUUUCAGAAGAGACACCUGGAGAGUGCCCUCCUCUUCGCUGUCCUCCUGAACUUUAAACACAUCUACCUGUACAUCGCACCUGCAUAUGGCAUUUACUUAUUGCGUUCCUACUGCUUCACAACAAAUAAUCCAGAUGGAUCUAUACGCUGGAGAAGCUUCAGCCUUUUGCGCUUUCUUGCUUUGGCCAUCAUAGUUGUGUUUGUUUUUGCCAUUUCAUUUGGACCCUUUAUAUACUUGGGUCAGUCUCCUCAAGUCCUUUCUCGGCUUUUCCCAUUUAAGAGAGGCCUCUGCCAUGCAUACUGGGCUCCGAACUUCUGGGCAUUGUACAAUGGCGCAGACAAAGCCCUGUCUGUUAUCGGUGUUAAGAUGCAGCUGCUGAAUCCGGCUUCAGUUCGCGCAGGAUCGAUGACUGGGGGUUUGGUCCAGGAGUUUGAACACAGCGUCCUUCUAUCUGUCACGCCACUGGCGACAUUGAUCUGCACAUUUAUAUCUAUACUGCCAUCGGUUUUAUGUUUGUGGUUUAAACCCCAAGGACCUCAAGGCUUCUUACGCUGUCUGAUCUGCUGCGCCCUCAGCUCCUUUAUGUUUGGUUGGCACGUACAUGAGAAGGCAAUCCUCCUGUCCAUUUUACCUUUAAGCCUACUGGCAGUCAGCAGUGCAAAGGAUGCUGGGAUAUAUCUGAUUCUGACCACUGUGGGUCACUUCUCAUUGUUUCCUCUUCUCUUCACUCCUCAAGAGCUGCCUAUUAAGAUUCUGCUGAUGGCGAUUUUUACCGUGUUCAGCUUCAGUUCCUUAAAGGCUUUAUUCAGGAAAGAAGGGAAGCUACUGAACUGUGUGGAAGCUUUGUAUGUUUUUGGCCUCGUACCCCUGGGAUUACUGUGUGAGGUCAUUUAUCCCUUGACCCCCUGGCAGCAGCGUCUGCCCUUCAUCCCUCUGCUGCUCACCUCCGUGUACUGCGCCCUGGGCAUCGCCUAUUCUUGGAUCAGACUUUAUAUUUCCUUAUUCUCUGGACCAACGAUGUCUCUCAAGAAACGCCAAUGAAGAACCCUCCGUCCUUACACCGGGUCUGCUGUGGACCAGGAUACACUCAGUAGAGAAUCUUAUUUUUAUACCACACCAAAUGUAAAAGCACUUUUUUUUUCUUUUUUUUCUUUUGUAUAUAAAAACUU